GCAUUCGCGCAUGGCGCCGGUGUUGUUUUUGUUUUUAUUCAUAUUUUGUUCAGUCGCAACCGCGGGUUGGUGUUUUCUUAAAAGUUACAAGUUAUAAUAAUUAUACUCUGGGACAUUGUAAUAAAUUAUUUAUUCUGAAUUAACAUUAAUUAUAUUACAAGUUAACAGCUGUAUAUAAAUACCCAGCUCCAUUACGGUAAUAACAAUACGAUGGCUUCGGCUAUCAUUAAAACGCUUAGGCGACAGCUUCUAUUUGGAUUGAAAACAUCCCGUGACAUAAGUCGUAUGAGUCCCGCUAUCAAACGGAGUAAUUCCCUUCAAGUGGUUAGAUCAUAUCAUCUAGCAAGGCCGCUGUUUGGCCAAACUACCACCCGUCCGGAUCGAGAGGAUAUAUCUCUUCUGGAAGCUAAACAGGAUCCGGACACAUUUGGAACACUUUCUCCUUCGGUGCCUGAGCCGGAAGUUCCGGAUGAAGGAGAUCUGCAGGAGGAGAGAUUUCUCCAUAACAAACCUGCCCGAUCGCAGAAACUCAGUACUAAAGAGUAUGCCGAUUUGAUUAAGGGACACUUGAAAAAUCAAAGGAUUAAGGAGGCAAUUGAUGUCAUCGAGGUGAGAAUGAAAGAGGAUCGAGUGAAGCCGGUGAACUAUUUGUUCAAUUUGGUGAUUGGUGGAUGUGCCCGUGUUGGGUACAGUAAGAAAGCGUUUCAGUUGUACAACAAAAUGAAACAGCAUGGCUUGAAAGUGACUGGUGGGACUUACACAUCGUUGUUCAAUGCAUGUGCGAAUACACCAUUUGUAGGCGAUGGCCUGGAUAAGGCGAACCGUUUGCGGGAAAUAAUGAUCGAGAAAGGAUACGAACCGAAUGAAUCCAAUUUCAAUGCAAUGAUCAAAGCGUACGGACGAUGUGGCGAGUUGAAGACGGCUUUUCAAUUAGUUGACGAAAUGAUGGCCAAGAGGUUUAAGAUUCAGACGGAUACUUUUAAUUUUUUACUACAGGCUUGUAUUACUGAUACAGAAUAUGGAUUCAGGCAUGCACUGCUGGUGUGGCACAAAAUGUAUCGAUUGAAGGCCGAACCGGAUAUUUACUCAUUCAAUUUGUUAUUGAGGUGCGUUCGAGACUGUGGGCUGGGAGAUUUAGAAACUACCGAGCAAGUCAUCGAACAGAUUUUGUAUCAAAGUCAAUCGAAACCACUACCAGUUGAAGGAAUUACUAAAGAACCAAUCCUACUAGAAGAUGGAGCCAAAGAGCCUUCCAAAGAGUUGCAAGUGCGCGAAUUGAACCAAGAGGUUCCACACGAAGGUAUUCCGAACCUUUUAUCUUCGCAACCUCACCUCGGUAGUCUUAUAAGCUUGGGCGAAAUCAAGAAGCCGGAAGACCGACUUCUGCUGUUAGGUGGUAUUGAAAGUUUUCUUAGUGAAAUGGGACAGCUCAAAAUUCACCCAGACAUCAAAACGAUGACAGAACUCUUAGACGUUGUUCCGUCAACGAUAGUCGCCGAGAAGCAGAUUCUGUCGACGAUACGAAGGCUUGGAAUCCGCUGUGAUAUCGAUUUUUUCAACAUCCUGAUCAAGAAACGCUCGAUGCGAUUCGACUACGAGGCUGCGCGGGAAGUUCUGACUAUGAUUCAAACGGCACGACUGGAACCGGACAUUGUUACCUACGGUGUGCUGGCGCUUGGCUGUCGCACUCAAGAAGAAGCACGUGCCCUGUUGAAGGAAAUGAAGGUUUCUGGCACUAGGAUCAAUAUUCAAAUUUUGGGAGCCAUGCUCCGACAAGGCACGGCCACGAAAAACUUUCGUUACGUAACGGAAGUGCUCGAAAUACUAAAGCAAGAGCGGUUCAAACCUAAUGAAAUAUUUCUCAAGCAUUUGGACAAUUUUAAUAAGAAUUGCGAGAAGAUAAAUCAAGCCUACGAUAAGCAACCACGAAAGGUUGGUCGCGAUGAGUUCAAGCUGGAGUACAAUCGGUACAAGCUGAAACUGGAGUACUGGAUGGAUCACAUGGGCCUGAAAGGUCUUAGUUUGGAUAAUGCUGUUGGAGUGGUGCGCGAACAUCCGUGGGAGCAAUACAAACAAUCGCAAGCGGAAGGUUAUGAAGCGACCAAAAACCCAAAGUUGAGGCAUGAGAAGAAGAAACGGCACUCGAUACGUAAGAUUAAAGUGGAAGAGCUGACGAGCGGUGAAGAUAAAGUGGAUGGCGGAGACGAUCGGGAAGGCUUUUUUAUUGGAAGCAGAUAAAAAAAAGGUAGGUACGGAAAUGUAGAUAGUGAUCGCUUUUGAGCAAUAUAAAAAUACAAAUGAU